CUGACUCCGUGCUUCUCCAGCGGCAGCGAGGCCAUGGACCGACCAAGCUUCCCAGGUUCCUCGCGCCAAGCUCGGCACCCAGGGAUUGGAGGUGACUAAACUCCUCCAUCGUCCCCUCUGGAGCCUACUGCUUCAUUCCAUCCCGGCGCAUUACGCGACUGGAUCGACAGACGACGCGGUGCUGGUUGAUGCAGGUGUCGAAGCAGGGGCUCGGGUGCUUGGGGCUGACCGGCGCUUACAACCUCCCGCUCGACGACGAUGCCGGGGCCGCUGUGGUCGCGCACGCCUUCCGCCGAGGCGUCACCUUCUUCGACACCUCCGACUACUACGGGCCCCUCAGCAACGAGAUACUCCUCGGCAAGGCUCUGAAGCAGCUGCCGCGGGAGCAGGUGCAGCUGGCCACAAAGUUCGGGCUGCGGCGGGAGGAUGCCGGCGGCGCGUGGGGCGUCUGCGGCCGGCCGGAGUACGUGCGCGCCUGCUGCGAGGCCAGCCUGCGCCGCCUCGGCCUCGACUACAUCGACCUCUACUACCAGCACCGCGUGGACACCACCGUCCCCAUCGAGGACACGGUUGGUGAGCUCAAGAAACUAGUGGAGGAGGGGAAGAUCAGGUACAUAGGGCUGUCAGAGGCGAGCCCCGACACGAUUAGGCGCGCGCACGCCGUGCACCCCAUCUCCGCGGUGCAGAUGGAGUGGUCUCUCUGGUCUCGCGACAUAGAACCUGAGAUUGUGCCUCUAUGCAGAGAAUUGGGCAUUGGAAUUGUUGCUUACAGUCCGAUUGGUCGCGGGUUUUUCGGUGGAAGAGGCGUGAAAGAAGAAGUGCCUGCUGUGUCUAAUCUGCUGGGGUAUCCAAGGUUUUUGGCAGAAAAUCUAGAGAAGAACAAACAAAUCUUUCUCAAGACAGAAAGCCUUGCCAAGAAGCAUCAGUGCAGCUCUGCUCAGCUAGCUUUAGCCUGGGUUCUGCAUCAAGGGGAUGAUGUGGUUCCCAUACCAGGGACAACGAAGAUAAAAAAUCUGGAAGCGAACAUUGACGCUUUGAAGGUGAAGUUCACGGGUGAGGAGCUCAAAGGAAUCGCCAGCCAGAUACGCCAAGAAGAUGUGGCUGGAGAUAGGCCACACACUUCCUUUACACAUACUACCUGGUCAACCUGGAAGUAUGCUGAUACACCAAGGAAAUAGAGCUUCCAAAGCCAUGCAAUAGCAAUAGCUUCGAGCCCCUCAUGAAGGAUGAAUCAAUCAACAAGUUAUUACCCGUAGCAGACGAUCCCUACAUGCUUGCACAAUAGCAAAUCUUAUUAGCCAGUGCUAACUGCUAAAAUCAUGUGGCUGAUGUAUCUUUGGAAUACUCGGUGGCAAACGAUGAACUAUCCAAUAAUAAUAAAGACGUUGUUCCGUCAGGUCCGU